CAUCACUAUCAUCGCGAGAGCCGCAACAACAACUACCACAAGUCGUACGAUCGCAGCUGGGAGAAGUGGGAGAAGUUCCGCGAGAAGAAGAUGGAGAUGAUGAAGGCGCACAAGUACAAUGUGGAGCAUCGGCUGAAGUACGACAACCAGGAGCGCAUCCUGUACCGGCACCACUUCAACUACUACCCGGUGAAGCGGCCACGCCCGCGCAAAACGUCCCUCGACCCGAACUGGUACACGGAGAACAUCUACUCGAACCAAUCGAUCGACAACUCGGACGGCGAGCUGGGCGUCGGGUUUCCGCCGGGUGCUGCCGCUGGUGCUGGCCUGCGGGACAUCAACGGCAACAUGAGCAUGGCGGGCGGGCUGGCCGAGGACGACGGCAUCUUCACGAUCGACGGGCAGUUCGAGCGGCGCAAUCACUAUCCGAAAUCGAGCAGCUGCUGCUUCGGCGCCGGCAACCGAAUGCGGGACAUCGACGAGGCGGGCGACGGGCUGGAGCUGGGUGUCGGCGGGUGGAACGAGCGCUAUCCGAAGAUCCCGAAGUCGUACUCGUUCAGCACGUCGCGCAGCAUGGGCGCCGGGUUUAACAUGUCGAAGCUGUACAACCGCAACAGCUUCGAGAUGCCAGAGUUCCCCAGGGGCCGGGAUCGACGCCACCGGAGCGGGGCACUGUCCGACUCGGAGGGUGGCCGGGCGAUCGUGCGGAUGUGCGACCGGGAGGGAUGCUUCAACGAGACUUGCUUCACCAAGGACGAGAAAAACUUGCAUCACAGCAACUGCAACAUCAUCAGCGAGUGGAACCUGCGCAACCGGAACAAUUUACGUGCCCGCACCCAUCCGGAGCCGGCGGAAGGAAGUGGUCCCCGGCCGCAGUACGUCAUGGAGGAGGACUUUGACCUGUUCGACGAGGACGACGACGAGGACGAGGCGGAAAGCGAACUGACCACUCUGUACGCUGACGAUCGCCACUCGAUCGCGUACGGUGACUACGGUGGAGUGGCACGCCAGCUCUACGGCCACCCGUCCACCAUCGGCGGCCAUGUGGACGAGCUGUACCAGGCCGAGCGGUCGAAGCAGCUGCUGCGCAGCAAGCUGGACCGGGUGACCAAGUACACGGACGAGUUCACCGACGACUACCGGAAGUCGUUCGAGGACUUUUUCAACCAGAACUGCUGCAUCGAGCGGCACCACCGGCAGCUGAAGGACAGUGGGCGCUUCUUCCAGAAGCCACCGGUGGCGGCGAAGAACAAGAGCAUGCUGGAGGUGAAACCACCGAACCGGUUCGACGACAGCUCGUCCGGCUCGACCGAUCUCGAGCUGGACGACUUCAACUUCGACUUCGAGAAGUACUGGGAGGAGCUGGAGAAACCGUCUCCAACGUCCCCGAGCGAGCUGGAGGAGCGAAAGCGGGCGACCCGGGGCGAGCUGGCCGGUGCUACCGGAACAGGUGGCAAGAAGGUGAAAAACGUCAACCUCAACCGGUGCUACAACAAUGGAACUGUGAUCGAUAUUUACCACGACGAUGAUCCGUACCAUCGGGACCACUACCACUACCGGGAGGGAGGUGGCGGUGGAGCGAAGGUAUCGAACACCCAUCACCACCGACAUAAUCACCACACCGCACACCCGCACCAUGCCAACACGACGCCGCGCUCGCGAGGAUCGUCCCGACACAAAGUGUAUCCCUCAGAGGGCACCAAGCCGAGUGCCCCCGACAAGCCGUCGCUGGAUGGGGCGGGAAAUGGGAUCGCUGGCAACAGCAACGCGAUCAGCUUUCUCAACAACAUCUUCUCCAUCUACAAGCCGAACAAGUACUCGCCCCUGAACUGCCACGGUGAGCAGAACUACCUGAAGAACAUACCGGCCAAGAAGAUGAACAUCGUAGCGAGCUCGUCGGCGCGACCCCUCGGGGCCGGCAGCUCGCAGGGUGUCUCUGGCGUCGGGGUCGACACAUCCUCCACCAAGCGCCCCCUGACGGUGCACCCGACCGGGAAACCUUCAGUGGCGUCGGUGGCCAAUGCCGCAGCGCGCCGUUCCGCCCGGUCCGGACCCCCGCCCGCUUCGACCAAGGACCCGCAGGCCCGCUUCCAGAUCAUCCCGGACAAGACGGGCGUGAAGAUAUCGCCCCUGUACCGACUGGACGCGCAGGACUACCGGAGGGCGCGGUAUAAACUGAAGAGCACCUCGCGGCCCCUGUCCUUCUGGUGA